AUGGCUACUCUGAAGGAAAAGAGAACCUGUGGCCAAAGGUGUGAAGAUUUUGGCCAUUUUGUUUGGAAUUCUGAUGAAGGUAAAUUCAUGGGAAGAACACCAAUAAGAUGGGUGUACAUCAGCUUGUAUUACGUUGCAUUUUAUGUGGUGAUGACAGCCUUGUUUUCCCUGGCCAUCUACGUACUCAUGUACACACUGGACCCGUACGCCCCGGACUACCAGGAUCGAUUAAAAUCGCCAGGAGUAAUGGCUUGGCCGGACACGUACAACGACGAAACGCUAGAGAUCAACUACAAUAUGUCUGAUAAGAAAAACUGGAUGAAGAUGUCCAAAAUUCUUCAGAACUUCCUUGAACCGUACAAUGAUACCAAACAGGCACAGUGCAAUUAUUACAACUGUACUACUGGCAAGUACUUCAUCCAACACAUGUUCGACGCUCCAAAACAUACUAAGUGGUCCUGUCCUUUCUACCAAAGCACACUGGGUAACUGUUCCGGCAUUAGUGACCCCACGUUCGGCUACAACACCAACCAGCCGUGUGUAAUCAUCAAGAUGAACAGGGUCAUCCAUUUCAUGCCGAACAACGGAACAGGAAGUGCGCCAACCUUGAACUGCACAGUGCUGGAGGGUCAAGACAACGUUCGUGGCUAUGAGUACUACCCCGUUAACGGAUCCUUCGACCUUUCGUAUUUUCCGUACUACGGCAAGCUGGCCCAGCCACACUACGUGAAUCCGCUGGUGGCUGUGAAAUUUGAUCUUGUUAACCAGAGGCAUGCGGUGAUCCAGUGCAGGGUGAUGGCUAACAACAUCGCUUAUCAGAACUUCUACGAUCCCUUCGAAGGCAAAGUGAUUUUUCAUUUAAACGCAUUAAGCUAG